AUGGUACCAGAUGAUAGUUUCAUACUUCUAGUAAAAGACGCCGUCAUCAACUGGGUUCGAGAAACGUUAACAGUCUUUUUGAGUCACCAGCGUACCAAAGUCCCAAAAUAUUUAUCUGUGUUCAAUUCCACAUGCGUCGUUAUUGUGAUUAAACCGAAACGAAUCGGCGGUACAGCUGCACGAAUUUCCCCCAAGGAUAAGAAUCAAGAAAUGUUGAAAAUGGUCGUCUGUCGGUCAUCAAAAACUCCGACAACCCCUGCACCACGCCACAGUUUAAUAUUAAGGAUUAAAGUUCAAAAUGAGACCCACAUCGAGAAGAAGACCAUAUACCCAGGCAAACCAACAGUGGUUGUUAGAGUAAUAACAACAGCACAGAAAGCUAUCGAAUACGGCAAAACAGUAGCCACAAAAGUAUACAGAAAAACUAAAAUCCUCUUGCACAAGACGCUCAGGCGGUUGUCAGGCGUUUGGGAGAACGUACGGAAAAUUUCGGAAAAGCUUACCGAACCGGCAGCCACCAGUCGGACGGUGAUACGUAGAGUAUGGAAUGAUGCGUGGACGAAUGCGCAGAAAGCGUAUGAACGGACACAGCAGCUGGUCAGGCGGGCCUACCAGAAGGCGCACGAAACUUUCUCACGCUAUAUCAACAACAUCAAAGCGAAAGGAAGGGAUGUCUACAGGCGCACUUACGAGACGUACCUCAAUUAUUAUAAUGAAUAUUCAAAGAGAGUGCGUGAGACGGCGCAGCUGUUCCGUAAAAACUACGACCGCUACACCGACUACCUCAGGAACUACUGGAAUGACGUGGCCAAUUAA